GGAUGGCAGAACUCGUGAUGAAUAUCUUCGACAUCCAUCUGAUGCACCGGCUUGGAAGUUAGUGGACACCAAAUGGCCAGAUUUUGGGAAUGAACCAAGAAAUCUGAGAUUAGCUUUAGCAGCUGAUGAUAUGAAUCCCCACGGUAUGAUGAGUUCCAAUUAUAGUUGUUGGCUAGUUUUGUUAGUCACGUACAACCUACCUCAUUGGUUAUGCAUGAAGAGAAGAUUCAUGAUGCUAACUCUCUUGAUCUCUGGUCCCAAACAACCUGGCAACGACAUUGACGUGUACUUGGCACCUCUAAUCGAUGACUUAAAGGAGUUAUGGGAGAAAGGCAUCCAAGCAUAUGAUGGGUAUCGUGAUGAAUUCUUCACACUUAAAUCUGUACUUCUAUGGACGAUCAACGACUUUCCUGCCUAUGGAAACUUGUCGGGGUGUGCUGUCAAAGGUUAUAAAGCAUGUCCAAUUUGUGCGGAUGGAACUCAUGCUAAAUACUUACCACACAGCAGAAAGAUGUGUUAUACAGGACACAGAAAAUUUUUACCAUCAUCUCAUCUGUAUCGAAGGCAGAAGAAAGCCUUUGAUGGCGUACAAGAGUUGCAAUCAGCCCCAAAACCAAUGACUGGCCGCGAGAUUUUAAGUAAAAUGCAGUCAUGCAAUUGUGUCUGGGGAAAAACGAAAGGGCAAAAAAUGGUAGAUGAAGGCGGUUCUAAGAAAAGGAAGAAAAGAGAGCAGCAUGAGAAAAGGGAUUCAGUUGUGCCUUCUUUAGAUACACUGUGUUUCAAGAAGAAGUCCAUAUUUUAUGAAUUGGAGUAUUGGGAACAUUUACAUAUUCGUCACAUACUCGAUGUGAUGCACAUCAAAAAAAAUGUGCUUGAAAGUGUAAUUGGUACGCUGCUAAACAUUCCGGGGAAAUCGAAAGAUGGAAUUGGUGCGAUAAUGGACUUGGUUGAGAUGGGUUUAAGAAGUGAAUUAGCACCGAAUACAGUGGGGAAAAAAACAUGCUUGCCUCCUGCAUGUUACACACUAAGUAAAGAAGAGAAGCAAAAAGUUUGUGAAUCAUUUCUGCGAAUGAAAGUUCCUGAUGGAUACUCUUCAAACAUUAGCAAGCUUGUAUCGGGGAAGGAGUUGAAACUUACUAGAUUGAAAUCACAUGACUGCCAUGUCUUGAUGCAAUAAUUGCUUCAUAUAGCUCUACGUGGUGUUUUGCCUAAGCAUGUCAGGAUCGCCUUAACUAGGUUGUGUCUUUUUUUCAAUGAGAUAUGUAGCAAGGAAAUAGAUGUGCAAAAGUUAGAAAAAAUUCAAAAAGAAGUUGUGAUAACUUUGUGUCUGCUCGAGAAGUAUUUACCUCCUUCAUUUUUCGAUAUAAUGAUACAUUUUUUUAUAUAAUAAUAACUGUCGAAAGUGCAUUAGGCACUCAUGUGGCUUGGCCUAACGAAUUGGUGUUGGAAAGAUCACUUGAGGUAUUUUCAGUCUAUAUGUUCUUGUCUCACAUUUAUUUAAGUGUUAAUAUUUAUAAUAUAUCAUGCUUUUAGACAAAGACACCCAGAACGAAGAAGAAGUCUGCCAAAAAAUUGAUCAAUGAAUCUCCAAUAAAGAAAAGGUCAUCACUGUCUGCUUCAUUGAUAGCACUAUACUAUGUGCUGGAGAAAUCGUUCAAGAAUCGUCGAGGACUACAGAUAGCAGUAGAUGUUGAGCUCUUUGGGGAUAUUAAUAUAUGGAUUGUGGAGAAAGAUGUAAUUCCUUUCUAUAACAUGGAACCUAUUAUAGGAAAUUGCAUCCUCACAUAUGUUUGGCAUUUGUAUAGAAACAUGAAGAAAGAACAAGCUGCCAGAUUUUUAUUUGUGAACACGUUCACUAUUUCACACUGUAAAAGUUUAUCAAUCGAAGAUAGGACACGCGCAUUAUCAGAACGAUUGCUUGUUACAACUGCAAAUCAAAUUGUUUUGGCGCCUUGCAAUGUGGAUUCACAUUGGAUACUCACAGUCAUUGAACCACACAAAGGCCACGUUUAUCUGUUGGACUCUCUUUUAUCACAGAAAUCGUGAUAUCCCUUGGAAAGCUGCUGUUGACAAUGCCAUGAGUAUUUUCAAUGCACACAAUGGAAAGAAAAUCAAGAAUUCAGCAAAAUGGGAUAUCAUAAAGGGUCCUAAGCAACCUGGCAGUACGGAAUGUGGAUUUUUUGUGAUGCGAUAUAUGAAAGACAUAGUCGAAGGGUUUGAAAGGGACGACAAUAUUUCUCUGCCAUCAUUGUUUACGAAUGUAGCCUAUUCUCAAGUUGAAAUUGAUGAAGUUCGCGAGGAAUGGGCUAAGUGUGUUUUAUUACAUGUAUUGGACUGAUCAGGUGUACGGCAAUAGAAGUCACAUGUACGUAGGAAGAUGUGGCAUUUUGUUUGAUUUUUUGUAUGGAUUUUCAAUCUGGAAAUGAUGAAGAAUCUGGUGAAAAUUGUGUUGAACACCAUUUUUUGUUAAUGUUUGGAUGUAAAUUAAAUGACUACUUUAGGUACUUUGAAGCUACAAUGUUUGGAAGUUUAAGUUAUUUUAUAUAAUAUAUUUUUUGGAUUGUAUUAUUUGAGAAUAUUGUAUA